AUGGCGGCGACUGUGACAGCUGCUUCAUUGUACCCAUCACGUGUCCACUUCCAGAACCAGAACAAGGGUUGUGGCUUUUCGGAAAAAACCCCCAACUCAGUCCAAGUAACUCAGAUCAUCGAUGGGAGGAGAACGAGGAAUGCCACUGCUCUCUCCGCGAAUAGUAGUAAUUUGUGGAUCAGUCGAUCAGAUAGUUUUUUCUCAAUAUCAUGGCUUGAACUUUUUAUUUUCAGAGUAAGGAGGCAUACAAUCUCGGUGUUUGUGGGUGAUGAGAGGGGUAUGAUAAACCGGAUAGCUGGUGUGUUUGCUAGUAGGGGAUAUAAUACUGAGUCUCUUGCCAUGGGGUUGAAUGAAGACAAGGCUCUGUUUACUAUAGUUGUUCUUGGGACAGACAAAGUCCUCCAACAAGUUGUAGAACAGCUUAACAAACUCGACAAUGUCAUCAAGGUGGAAGAUCUAUCUAAGGAGCCGCAUGUAGAACGUGAACUAAUGCUCAUUAAACUUAAUGCUGAUCCAAGCACCCGUUCAGAGAUCAUGUGGUUGGUGGAUAUCUUUAGAGCAAAAAUAGUGGAUACCUCUGAGCACUCUCUAAUGAUUGAGGGAACUGGAGACUCAGGAAAAUUAGUUGCACUUGAGAGAAACUUAGAGAAGUUUGGAAUAAAAGAAAUCGCGAGAACAGGGAAGAUUGCUCUGAGACGGGAAAAGAUGGGAGAAACCGCUCCGUUUUGGAGAUUUGCAGCGGCGUCAUGCUCACUAGUUCAUUUAAAGGAACCGUCUCAUGAGACUGUUGCAGAGAAAACAAAGCUAGCAUUGACUGGAAAUGGCCAUGCAUCAUCGGGGGGUGACGUUUAUCCAGUGGAACCCUAUGAUGAUUUCAAACCGGUCCUUGACGCUCAUUGGGGAAUGGUAUACGACGAAGAUUCGAGAGGAAACCGGUCUCACACGUUAUCGAUACUUGUAACGAACGUACCCAGAGUUCUUAACCUAAUAACCGGAGCUAUCUCUAGGAGGGGUUAUAACAUCCAGAGUCUAGCUGUUGGUCCUGCUGAGAAAGAAGGCUUAUGUCGGAUUACGACAGUUAUCCCCGGAACUGAUGAUCAUAUAGACAAAUUGGUUAGGCAGCUUCAGAUGUUGAUUGAUCUUCACGAGGUCCUAAAUAUUACCAACAUGCCAUUUGCGGAGCGAGAGCUGAUGCUCAUCAAAGUAGCAGCUCAUACUUGUGCAAGGAGAGUGAUAGAAGCAGUGAAAAUGCAUAAUAAUAAGUAACUUAACCAUGGUUAGUUGUGAGACUUAACCAUGGUUAGUUUAGGUUAUUUCUUGAGUUUAUGGCUAUAUAUAGGGUCUGAGAGAGUAAGAGAGGAUUAUCGAGUAUUUGGUGAGGUCUUUUAGGGGGAGUGGGAGGAGCUCCAUUAAUAAAAUCCUCAGUCCCUUUUGUAAUUCCAGUUCUAUAAUC